AUUGUUUGUAGUCUGCCUUGCCUUGCAGAUUGCUUGGCUCGGAUUGUCUGCCUUGCCUUGCAGAUUGCUUGGCUCGGAUUGUUUGUAGUCUGCCUUGCCUUGCAGAUUGCUUGGCUCGGAUUGUUUGUGUCUUGCCUCGGACAUCCGUCGGACUGUUUGUGUACCAGUCUCAGGUUGGCCGUUUGUUGAUAAUAGACUCAUCAUUUAUUGUGAGCAAGCAUGGCGAGUGCAGAUUCCGAUGUCCACGCUGCUCUGCAAGAUGCUGUAGCCAGCUUCGUAGCGGCGAACCCUGCUUCACGGAGGGUAUUCAACAGAGCCUCAGAUCAUUUACCGGCCGGGAAUACUCGCAGUACCCUCUUCUCUCCGCCAUUCCCUGUGGCAAUCACGAUUUCCAGUGGUUGCUCCAUCCGCUCCACCGAUGGAGAUGUCUACCUCGACAUGGUUGGUGAAUACACCGCCGGCAUCUACGGCCACUCACACCCGGAUAUCCUCGAGGCUCUCGAGGGGGGCCUGCUGAAUGGCGUCAAUUUUGGCGCAACAAGUGCGCUCGAGGGGGAGCUAGCGGCGAGGAUCAAGAAGAGGUUCCAGGCGGGUGCCGGCCUCGAGAUGGUCAGGUUCACAAACUCGGGUACGGAGGCAAACAUCAUCGCAACGACAACGGCCCGGGUCUGGACCGGGAGGAACAGGAUCCUUAUCUUCGCAGGAGAGUACGUGGUGGCAGAUUAUAACUCCAUCGAGUCUGUCGAUGAGGAGUUAUCCCGGGUCCCAGCAGACUCCCUAGCAGCGAUCUUGGUCGAGCCCAUGCAAGGGGCAGGCGGAUGCCUGCCUGCGUCAAUUAAAUUCCUGGAGCACCUACGCGCCCGGGCAACCGAGCUAAAGGCACUGCUUAUUUUUGACGAGGUGAUGACAAGCCGCCUACACCAUGCAGGGGGGCUGGCCGGGAAAUAUGGCAUCAGACCCGACCUCAUGACCAUGGGCAAGUACCUUGGUGGCGGAAUGAGCUUCGGGAUCUUUGGCGGUCGCCGCGAGAUUAUGGAGCUCUUCAACCCGAAGAGCGGUGGCGUGGCGACGACGGCCGAUGGAACGCAGAAGCCAAUGUCGUCAAUGCACAGCGGCACGUUCAACAACAAUAUCACAAUGCAUGCAGGAAUUGCGGGGACCAAGGUAUUGACGGAGGCUGUUCUGACCCAACUAAACGAGGUAGGAGAUUAUCUCCGCCAGGCUGUGCUGUCGAUCCUUGUUGGUAAGGGGCUCGUUUGCGCGGCGACGGAAGCGGACAUGCGUGAUGUUGCCACGGUGCCAAGGGGUCGGAUAUGGAUCUCGGGCGUUGGCUCCAUCAACGCCCUUCAUUUCGGCGCAAACGACGAGUUGGUGGAUCUGAGAGACUUGUUCUACUUCCACAUGAUCAAGAAUCACAUAUACGUUACCCGGAGGGGGUUUGUGGCCCUCACAAUUGUGCAUACUAAGGAUGAUAUAGAUCGAUACGUGAAGUGUGUGGCAAGCUUUGUUGAGAGGUGGGGUUGUGCAUAGCACGGAUGGGGAUUCCGCGGACCCUGGCAUGGGGCACGGGCUCAGGGGACUCACAGUAGGUAAAUUGGGACGCCUCAAAAUAGAACCAGAGUAGGGCUGUCGCCGUAUAUCAUUAUCACAUUAUCUCCACAUACUCCAUUUCAUAUGUAGCAGUGCAGUCC